CCCGGGAGCCCCGGAGCCCCGGAGUGGUGUGCGUGGCUCGGCCUCCGCGUGCGCAGCCCGUGCGUGGGGGCGGGCCGGAGCGGAGGCGUUGGUCCCGCCACGUUUGGCCCGGCCAUUCCGGCUGCGGCGCCAGGCGGGGGCGGGAUACAAAAGGGGGUGGUGCUGGCGCUGCAGCCGGAUCCGGAUGCGGCGCUGGGACCGGCGUGGAGACUGACGCGCCUGGAGGGGAGCGUGGAUCGCUUGGUGCGGUGAGACUUUACUGGAAAGAUGAAACCUGAUGAAACCCCUAUGUUUGACCCAAGUCUGCUCACAGAAGUGGACUGGAGUCAGAAUACAGCUACAUUUUCUCCAGCCAUUUCUCCAAUGAAUCCUGGAGAAGGCUUGGUUUUGAGGCCUCUUUGUACUGGCGACUUAAAUAAAGGUUUUGUUAAGUUACUGGGUCAGUUGACAGAGACUGGCGUCGUCAGCCCUGAGCAGUUCAUGAACACUUUUGAGCACAUGAAGAAGUCUGGGGAUUACUAUGUUACAGUUGUGGAAGAUGUGGCCCUAGGACAAAUUGUUGCCACAGCAACUCUGAUCAUAGAACAUAAAUUUAUCCAUUCAUGUGCUAAGAGGGGGAGAGUAGAAGAAGUCGUCGUUAGUCACGAGUGCAGAGGGAAGCAGCUUGGCAAACUAUUAUUAUCAACUCUCACUUUGCUAAGCAAGAAGCUGAACUGUUACAAGAUCACCCUUGAAUGUCUACCACAAAACGUCGGCUUCUACAAAAAGUUUGGCUAUACAGUAUCUGAAGAAAACUACAUGUGUCUGAGAAACCAAAAGUAAAGACCACCAUCAAGAUGAUGCUCCAAGGCUUUCCUAUUCAUUUUUGUUGCUUCGAUCCAGGGAGCUCCAUGCCUGCUAGACUGAAAACCACUGUAGUGUGCAAUGUAGUAGUGACAAGAGCCUGCCCGUGGCUGCUGGGACUUGCUCUGAGUUAAGAGUACAAAUGAUCAUAAAGGGGAUGAUUUUUAACCAAAGGAAUAUAUUUUCAACUUGAAUCUUUUCUUGCAUUGUAUUUUUCUAAAGUUUAUCUUCAUUUCCUGGUAGUCAAGAGUAUGGGUAGUAAAGAGUUAUGUCUGCUCUGUGCUGCUCGUUUUUAAAUAUAUGUAUAUAUAUUGAAUAAGGCUGUUUCUUAUCACAUAAAAUUAUUUUUGUCUCGUACAUCUAAACAGACUUAAGGGUGCACUGUUUCUGACAUUACAGGGAAUCAGAUAAACCUGUUGUUGUUACCAGAUACCUGUUUGCACAUGUAUUGUUGAACCUAGUACCCCACACAACUUGGACAGUCUUUUAAAGAAACAAGAGAAAUGAAAAUCGUGACAAGGUACAACAGUUUAACUAUUUUACUAACUAUUUGUAGAGUUCUGUGCAGACACUGCCCACCUAGCUGUCUGCCUGUCACAGGACGUUAGAAUCAUCCAAGGACAGAUCUUGAGACCCAGGGUUCUUUUCUUCAGUGAGUGAGGAGCUCUCAGUGGGGGUACUUUUACCCUGGUUUAUCAUGGCCAUCUGAAGCCUUUGAGCCACAAAAAUAUGUAUGGUACUGCCUUUGUGACAUCCUUAAAAUAACAGUAGCUUCUCUAUUUAAUGUGAUUAUAAUGGUACUGUUAUUCUGAUCACUGUCCUGUUUUAUUUAUUUUAAUGAAUUUUUAAAGUAGAAGAAUUAGAUACUUUAUUAACAAUGGUUCUAAUCUUUUGCAUUCCAUGAUAUCUCAUUAAACUUGUUUAUAUGAAUAGUUUCUCAUGUUAGAAUCUUGUCUUGUGUUUUCUUGUUUGUUGAGACAGGGUAAUCUGUAACCCAACCUGGCUAGCAGGAACUCACCAUGUAGUAGAAGACAGAACCUCGAACUCCCAAGCAUGUUCCAAGAGCUGGUAUUACAGGCAUGCACCAUCAUGAUCGGCUUGAGUCACUGAGGUUAAGACAUGGCUCAUAACAGCCCAGUUAGUUUUUAUGUAUUUUUGGGAUUACUUCAAUUGGAUUUGGAUUUCCCUCUAAUCAUUAUGGUGAUUUACCAAAAUAGAAAUACUUUUGCUACAGGCUUUAUCUCUGACAGUGAACUAAGUGACCUGUCACUAAUGAAAAUAACAGCUUUGUCUUAAGAAAUCCUGUAACCUUGACAGGGCUUUAUGAAGUUUUACCCAUGUCAAAUAAGCCUCCCCAAAAAGUGAAAAUUGAGUACCUUACUCUAUUGCUUACCAUUAAACUCUGGGGUAAAACCAUCUAUGUUAGUAUUGCAAUAAUCCCAUGGAGUCUUUGAGAUAUUCUCUUAAACCCCCUUUACAGAAACAGUUGUAUUAUGUCACCAACUGAAAACAGUUUCAAUAUUAAAUGUUCACUCACCCUUCUUAAUAUGUGGAAGUAAAGCUGGGUUACUUUUACCCAGAAGGCAAAGAAGUUUUGGGGCAUAAGGAGUAUGAAUGAGCUUCUCAAUCAUCUAUUAAGGUACAAUGGCACAACAGUUUUAAUACAACCACCAGUCUUCACAAAAUAAUUUUAAUACUUUGUGCCCAGGCUAGCAGCAUCUUGCAUCUGUGACAUUCCUAUACAUACAGAAGCAUUUCAUCUGAGUACAAAUGUUAAAAGCAGAGUAACAUAAGCCAUUGCCUAUACAGAGGUAAAGAGACACUGUAUGUUAUUUUUCUUGAAUCACUUUUUGCUGCAUAGUAAAUUGCAAUUACAUGUCAGUAUCAUGUUACUGAUUGAGAAAACACUUUGAACUGUGAGGUAUGGCAGCUCCCUGUGAGAGAGAGCUUAACAUGUAAACCUGAAUAUUUUGAGUGAUUUUUGUUUUCUUUAGCUGCCAUGAAUGGGAAAGACAAAGAAUAUCCAGCACUCAAGACUCUAGAAACUUAUUUUCCUAAUUAAAAAAAUAAAUAAAAUCCUUGAGUAAGUCUCAGCUAUUUCCUAUCAUUUCCUUAUUGGAGUGUUGUUGAAUGGACAAAGAUAACGAAUACUGAAGUGAAGUGAUGCUUUCGGCUCAUGGA